UUGGUUGUCGACAGGUUGUUUAUUUAUUUAUGAUACCAAGCGACUUUGUAUUUCUUCUAUUGUACCCCAUAUUGUAUCCUAAAAUUUAAACAGUUCAAGAAGUAAAACAACUUCUUGCUAAAACAAGCAUCGCAGUCCUAUUAGUCAAUCCAUGAUGUUAGACGAACUAGCCAUCGAUUAUUCCGAGUACUUAAAGGUCAACAAUGAAAAUGAGGUUAGCGCUCUAAAAGAUGUAGUUGAAGACAUGCUCACCAGAUUGGAAGAGUUUCAGACAUUUAUGGAAAUGGUCCGUGCCCUACGAAUGGAAAGUACUAUGAUGCAUUAUGAUUCAAUAAAAGCAAUGAAGUCCAAGGUUACUGAACUCACAAACUCUGUAAACAAAUUAGAAAAGCUGGUUAAUAAAGUUGGUGAAGAUGUAGAAUUGGUUGAUCAACAACUAACUGAAGCUGAGGCUUGUAUGCCUAUUAAUAAGGAUGGUCCACUAAAUACAAUUCUGAAACCUUUUUUUAAAAAACAAGAAGACCAUUCUUCUAAACCAUUGCCUGUCUAUGAACCACCAGUAAUUUUUAAGUCUGACGAUUACUUUCUCGCAACAGAAGCAGAAGAUGCACUUAAAAUAAUUGAAAAUGAUACUACCACCGAUAAUUAACUGAAAAAAAUUAAUACUUCUUUUUAUUUUUAAAAUCAUGUAUGAGUUUAAGCUAGUAGCACAUCUUACAGUUUUACAUAUUAUAUUUACAUGUUGUAAAUUAUUGUUUGUUUUUUGAAUUAUAUACUUAUUAUUUUCAUAAGAAUUAUGUACACUGCAAAUAUCAAUUGUUAAUAAAGCCAGUUAAAAUAAUCA